AUGGAGACGGCGUUCAAGAUUUUGAGCGAGAAAUCUUCACCGGCCGAGGUUCAAAAAUGGAUGCGAUUUGCAACCCAAAAUACGAGGCUUCUGAACAAAAUUUUACGAAAGAACGCCUCGACGAUCGGGGAGAAGACACGGAUUUUGACAACGAUCGGAAUAUUGAAAUCGUUGACUGCAAAAUUCCAACAGUUUCGAAAAGUAGACGACGGAUUAAAAAGCCGACGGCGGAGCGAUCGAGUAAAAUGGGAAGAUUUGGACACGGCGUUCGAGAGUCGAAUUAGAAAGGGUGCUGUAAUAAAUUUGCAACACAAGGAUUUGGCUGUGUUUUUGAAAAAUGCCAAACACCUGGUCGUUGCAAGACUCAAGAACAUGCUACGUAAGACGGGAAGUUUGAAAGCCAACUGUGUUUUAUCGUGUAAAUUUAGUGUUACAAAGAACGCUGAAAUUGUGGAAGACAUUAAAUUUUUGAACACCAAAAAUCAAGUUAUCCUCCAACCAACGGACAUACAUGGGUGUUUCGAAGAGAAUGUCAAGCAGAAAGUGAUGGCCAAGGUGGAAGACUUCCAAGAAAAAGACUCUGGCUGGUCUUUGACUGAAAUCAUCAAUUUGACUGUGAAUAUCAACAAGUACGUGCCACUACGAGGAGGUGUGUUCACAUAUACACCACUACCCAAAGAUAUUCAAGAUAAGAAGGCCGUUGUCAACAUCCGUAACAGCGACUCGUAUUGCUUUCUAUGGUCGGUCACCGCAGCCCUCUUUCCAGCCAACAAUAAAAAUCCCAAUGAAGUCAGCUCGUACCCACAUUUCAGCUCAGUGCUACGGUACGAUGGUUUGAAUUUGCCAAUGUCCUUGGAUCAAAUUUCGAAAUUUGAGAAACUGAACGAUCUUUCGAUCAACGUUUAUGGUAUAGAUUGUACUGAGAAGCAAAAGCAUAGUGAAAUUAUACCCGUUUAUUUAAGUCGACACAAGUCUGAUAAACCUACAAUCCAUCUUUUAGUGAUAGAGUGUGAAAUUGAUGAUGAUGAUGAUGAUGAUUGCCUGAACUUAAACAAAACCAAAGUUAUUUUACCGACAGAAGAGGACAAAAUUCUUAAAUUCAGAAAUUUCAAACAUAAAGAAACUGUUCCAUUCUGCAUUUACGCAGAUCUAGAAUGUCUACUGCAACCCACUCUUAAAAGUCUUGGGGAAAACAGAACAAUUUAUCAGAAGCAUACGCCGUACAGUAUAUUCUAUUAUCUACAUUGUGCGUUUAAUGAUUCAAUUUCAAAAUUCGAAAUCAAUCAUGGAGAGACUUGCAUUAAAUGGUUUGUGACUGAGUUAGAGAAAUUAGCACAUUCGUUAGAAACUUAUUUUAAAACUGUUGUACCAAUGAAACCGCUUAAUUUCCAUCAAAUCAACGAAUUUCAUUCGGUAACAGUGUGUCACAUUUGUGAAAAACCGUUUACCCUCGAAGACGUCAAACAUCGUGAUCACUGUCAUUUCACUGGAAAGUAUCGUGUUGCUGCUCAUCGAGGCUGCAACCUGAAUUAUCAAAAUUCACAUACAAUUCCUGUGAUAUUCCACAAUCUAUCGGGUUAUGAUUCCCAUUUUCUAAUUAAAGCGUUGGCUACAUCGUUCGAGGGCACAAUCCAGCUUCUACCCGUAAACAAAGAAAAGUACAUUUCUUUUACAAAAUAUGUCAAGGCAACAGAUAUAAAGUUUAGAUUCAUCGAUUCGUUCCGCUUCAUGCCCAGUAGUCUUGAGAAGUUAGCAACGUAUCUUGGAAAAGGUGUUUUUCCGUAUGAGUAUAUCAAUAAUUGGGAGAAGCUUGAGGACAGACGAUUACCGACCAAACCACAAUUUUAUUCGAAAUUAAACGAUCGGGAUAUAUCAGACGACGACUAUGCACAUGCAUGUGAAGUUUGGCAAACUUUUAACGUUCAAACUUUGGGAGAGCAUUCAGAUUUAUAUCUACAAACAGACGUAUUCUUACUAGCUGACGUUUUUCAAAAUUUUCGACAGAAUUGUUGGACAACUUACAAACUGGACCCAUUACAUUACUACACAGCGCCCGGUCUGUCGUUUGAUGCAAUGUUAAAGUGUACCGGCAUCGAGCUCGAGCUUCUCACUGAUAUAGAUAUGAUUAUGUUUAUAGAAAAAGGUAUCCGAGGUGGUGUGUCGCAGUGUUCGAACAGAUACGCAAAAGCCAACAACAGAUAUAUGGAAGAGGCAUUUGAUUCACAAGUCGAAGAAUCUUAUCUCAUGUACUUCGAUGUUAACAAUUUGUACGGUGCUGCUAUGAGCUUUGCUCUACCAUACAGUUCCUUCGAAUGGGUAUCAGACUGCAGACAAUGCGACGUUCUUACCAUCUCGGACGAUGCGGAGUUCGGUUACAUGUUAAAGGUAGAUUUGGAAUAUCCUGCGGAACCGCAUGAAAUGCAUAAAGAUUUACCACUGUGUCCGGAGCACUACAUACCUCUGAUCUCGAGUACUAAGCAACCGAAAUUGACGACCACGCUACUUCCCAAACAAAACUAUGUUAUUUAUUACCGUGUUUUGAAACAAUGCUUACAAUUAGGUCUGAAGUUGGUUAAAAUUCACAAAGUUCUCAAAUUCCAAGUAAACUCCAUGGCUAAAAAGUUACAUAGAUUUGAAUACUGA